AUGACUGUAUUCCUAGGUGUAUUCAAGGCGAUUUACGACUAUGAGCCGCAAACACCUGAAGAGCUAGAAAUUAAAGAAAAUGAUAUGCUUUAUUUACUAGAGAAAUCAGACAUCGACGAGUGGUGGACCGUUAAGAAACGGAUCAUUGGUUCUGAUGAUCCUGAACCAUCAGGGUUAGUGCCUUCCACUUAUAUUGAAGAGGCACCUGUAAUUCGUACCGUGAAGGCUGUUUAUGAUUACGAUCAACCUCAAAAUCCAGAUGAAGAGUUAGCAUUCCAUGAAAAUGAUAUAUUCCAAGUGUAUGAUGAUAAGGAUCCUGAUUGGUUGCUUGUAAAGUCUCCAAAUGGUGAAUAUGGUUUUAUCCCUGGGAAUUACAUCGAAGAUUCUGAUAAUGUAAGCGCUGCGCCAGCUACUGCUGCUGCUGCUGUUGCUGUUGCCGCACCAGUAGUUACACCAGCUAACGCCGAUGUUUCGACAUUCUUACCGCCUCCACAACAUAACCAAAGAGAUCAGUUUCAAUCAGAGGAACAGAGUAAUAAAGAACCUGCCACACCUGACAGAUUCGCAGAGGAAGAUGACAGAGAGGAUACACCUCCAUCCAAACCGGCAAGGCCUAAUGAUGCACGUGAUAAGGCUCGUUCUAGAGUUUCUUACUCUGCAGAUGCCGAUGAUAGUAGCAUGCCAACUGAUAGUGGCCGUGAUGAUCGUCGUGAUGAAUCUCGUAGAUAUACCGAUGACGAUGGUUAUAAUAAUAAAAAUAGUAAUGAUAACCGUGCGAAUUAUAACAUAGAAUAUCAUUCAUGGAAUGUUCAAGAAAUUGAAGGCAGAAAGAAAAGAAAGGCUAAGUUAGUCGUUGGAAGUAAUAAGAUAAAUUUUAUUUCGGAAAGUGGUACCCAAUUAGAGUGGACCGUUGAUAAACUAGUCUCCUAUGAUAAUGAAAAAAAGCACAUGUUCUUGGAAUUUGUAGAUCCUUACAAAAACCUGGAAUUGCAUACCGGUAACAACGACACUUCAAAGGAAAUCAUGGCGAUCUUAGGGGAAAUUAAAGGUGUGUCCCGUGAUAAAGGUUUAAAAGAAAUUGAAACAGCAUCACAGUCCAAGAGAACAGGUAAAAUAUUAUUCGACUUUUUUGGUGAGUCGACUGAUGAAUUAAGCGUUCAGCAAGGAGAUCUGGUUUAUAUUGUUAAUGACAAAAAAUCUAAAGAAUGGUGGAUGUGUGAAUCUGUCGAAACGGGUAGAAGAGGUGUGGUCCCAGCACAAUUUGUGGAACCUACGAAAGAUAAAUCAUCCAGCAGCUCCGGUGGAUUAUUUAGUUCAAUCAAAAAGAUGGCUAAAGGAGGAAGAUCACCAUCAAAGUCACACUCCAAUUCCGUAUCUGGUAAUGGUAGUUGGAGAGAUGACGUAACUCCAGAUGAAACUGCGUCUUCCAAGAGUAGAUCCAGAGGUGCAUCAUUUUCAAGUAGAAAAAAGAGAUCUGCAUCAAUGAGUAAACCAUCUGAUAGCUCAAAUAAGAAGAAAUUCCCAGAUCCUAAGAAGUCUAGAUUAUGGGUUGAUAGAAGUGGUACAUUUAAAGUUGAUGCUCAAUUUAUUGGUUGUGCUAAUGGUAAGAUUCAUUUACAUAAGGCCAAUGGUGUUAAGAUAGCCGUUGCUGCAAAUAAACUUUCUGAUUCAGACUUGGUGUAUGUUGAAAAUAUUACAGGAUUUAGUCUUGAUAAAUUUAAAGUUAAUUCAAGUGGUUCGUCUGGCUCUGGUAAUAAGGAUGCAAGGGAAUCAGAACGUGAGAGAAGAAGAAGAUUGAGAGAACAAGAGGAGAGAGAGCAUGAUAGGAGAGUUAGAGAAAGAGAACUGGACGAACUAAAGAAAGCAAGACAAUUACUAGAUGAUGAGAGACUUCGUCUAGAAGAACAGAAAGAUUUACCACCUGUCAAACCUCCAAGACCAAAUUCAACUGUCGGUAUGCCUUCUACAUCAUCAAGUAGAGGUACUAAGAAUAAAACUAAUUACGACUGGUUUGAGUUCUUCCUAAAUAGUGGUGUGGAUGUCAGCAACUGUCAAAGAUAUACCAUUAACUUUGACAGGGAGCAAAUGACAGAAGAUAUGAUGGAAGAUAUUAACUCACAAAUGUUAAGAACUCUUGGUUUACGUGAAGGUGAUAUAGUUAGGGUGAUGAAAUUCCUAGACAAUAAGUUUAAUAGAGAUACUCAACAAACAGUGGUCCCAACCCAAACAGGCGGUAUGUUUACCGAAGCUGAUGGUUCAUUGAAGAACAACAAUGCUAAUGUUCAAAAUGGUGUUUCACAACAACUCUUGCCACAGUCAACUGCUCCUGCAGCAGCAGUGCCAGUUUCUCAAGACGAUGACGCUUGGACUGCUAGACCAGCCGCUAAAUCUCAACCUGAUCUUGUCUCUGGAAAUUCUAACUUCACUGGUUCUAUGCAGGACUUGCUCGACCUACAACCAUUGGAACCUAAGAAACCUACACCUACGCAGGUCCCUGAACCAAACUUAAACAGUUUGGAGCCGGUAAAAACUGGUAAUACUGCCCCAACUACAGCCCCAGUUGCUACAUCCAUUACUGGAGGUGCUAAUUUAGUUCCAUUAGAUCCAUUUAAAACUGGUGGUAACAAUAUUUUACCAAUUGGUACCGGAUUUGUUAUGAUGCCGAUCGCUACAGGUGGUCUGAUGGCAACCCAAAGGACAGGAGGUUUUGGUAUGCCUGCCACUACUUUUGGUGCUCAAUUAACUGGAGGUGUGUUACCGGUUCAAAAGACAAGUUCUGGUUUAAUUCCUGUUGCAACUACUGGUGGUAUGAUGCCUCAAACUACUUUUGGAGCGCAAUUAACUGGUGGUGUGAUGCCACUACAGACUACUGGUGGUUUAAUGCCAUUGCAAAGAACUGGAGGCAUGAUGCCACAGACAACAUUUGGCACAAGUGUACCAAUGGGCUCAGUUCUGCCUGUUCAAAAGACUGCGAACGGAUUGAUGCCAUUGCAAACUACUGGUGGUGCAAUGCCAUCUACAACUUUCAUGAACCCUGUUUUAACAGGAGGUGUUAUCCCUCAGACAAGUUUUGUUAAUCCAGCUUUAACUGGUGGUAUGAAUCCAAUGAUGAACCCAGUUCUAACCGGUGGUAUGAAUCCAAUGAUGAACCCAGCUCUAACUGGCGGUAUGAAUCCAAUGAUGAACCCAGCUCUAACUGGCGGUAUGAAUCCAAUGAUGAACCCAGCUUUAACUGGCGGUAUGAAUCCUAUAAUGAACCCGGCCCUGACUGGUGGUGCCAUCCCUCAAACAAGUUUUGGUAAUCAAAUGUCUGGUGGUGCUAUGCCUCAGACUGGAUUUGGUAAUCAGCUAACUGGGGGAGCCAUGAUGCCACAAACGUCAUUCGGUGCACCAAUACAACAGACUAACACUGUACCAAUGCAAAUAACGGGCGGUUUCCAACCUCAAUCACAAUUUGGUAUGACUUUACAAAGAACAGGUGGUGUUGCUCCUAUCAAUACCGGUGUCAAUACCAUCACGCAAGGAAUGCAAAAUACAACUAUUUCUCAACCACAACAGUUGCAAACACAACCAACUGGGUUUGGAUUUGGUAAUGGACCUCAACAAACUCAACAAGGUAGACAGGCAAAUAUAUUUAAUGCGUCUGCUGCUAAUCCGUUCGGAUUUUAA